AUGGACAGAGGAGAAACUUUGAUACGAAUUUUAAUUCUUACUAUCGCCUGGAUACAAACAACAGCAACACCACUUGUUAGUACAACAAAGGCAUCUCUCCCAGAAUUCCAGUUAUUAAAGAAGUUCUAUCCUGGCUACAAACAUAAUGGAGGAAAAUACAACAAUCGACACUUGAUCAAUAUGAUUGGUUGUAAUAAAAUCUGUCAAAAGAGCCUGCUUCAUGACACAACUGCUCUACGUUUGUCACAUGCACUCAAUAAAGUGGGUGGCAUUCACUCCCUUGGAAAGACACUCAUCCGUCUAUCUAAAUAUGGCCAAGAUAGUGUCAGUGGAUCCAAUCAUAUACAGUACAUUUACCACCCAAUCGCUUAUGGACCUUAUUUGGCUGACAAAUAUGGUUAUCCAACAGUUUCCAAAAUGCAUGCCACUGAUCCAAUUCACAUGAUGAAAAAGUUUUUUGGAAAACAGGGGAUUUUACAAAUCAUUACAUAUGCAAAAGCAGAUAAUAAACCAAUUGGCCAUGUUGCAUUAUGGGAUUGUACUCAUUUCCACCAAUCAAAGAACUGGAUAGCCGGCCAUGAGCUUAUUACUGUGGAAUUCUGGGAAUCUCCAGAUUCCAAAUGCCCUCAAGUAGACGAAAUGAAACUUGAAUCCUAUUAUAGCAGCAAUGACCCCUCAGAUAUAGGGAAAGAAAAGGCCAAAAACUUGCGACAUAAAGCCCACAAUAAACACAAGGGAAGCAGAAGAUAUCAGCAUCUCCUCAAGUUGGUCAGAAUAAAAAAUCAAUCCCAGCAUUCACAGUCAACAUAUAAAUCCCUCAGAUGA